AUGGCGAAAGUCACGACACCUCUUCUCGCUGGCCAUCUCCCCGGACCCAAUGUCACGCAUGAUCAUCCCCCGCAUCUUCGAGUCACGCAUUCGCCAUGGAAUUGGAUCCCUCAACGUGUUCUCGUCAAGCUCCGUGGCAUGCUCGUGGCCUGGUUGAGCAGCAGUGGCAUCUUGACAGCCAUCCACCGGUAUAAAGAGUUUCGCGAUCAUCCAAUAUGGUUCCUCAUCUUCCAUUUUGGCACAGUGACGUUUGUUCUCCAUUUCGUCUUCCAAAUCAUUACAUUUCUCUGGACGUUUCACCACAUGUACCACCCACACAGAGACUCAGUCCAGGGCAGAAUGUCAUCGGCUUUCGUUCGCGCGACGUCUCUGCCUUCUGACUUAGGCAAUCCGCGAAAACAAGCCCGAUUUCAUAUGUUUUUCUCGACGACGACUGUAUUCUCUUUGAUGAAUGCCAUCUCGUAUUGGUUUGUCACGCGACCACACAAUCCAGAUGCCACAGCCAUCGGAGGGCCAUUCACGGACUUAUUCGGUCACGGCUGGCUUCGAUCGUUUUCCAUCUUCAGCACGUACACGAUGCCCGCCGUUUCCAUGCUUAUCGAGACCAUGUUCUUCAACAGCAUCAAGCGGCCCCAGAAUCUCAUCACACACAUGCUCGGAUUGUCGGGAUUCUCUGUGUUGUAUCUCAUUUGGGGUGUAAUUGGCGGCCACCUCUCGGGCUGCUACCCAUUCUACUGGCUCAAUCCCAUGUUUAUUGGAGGGAUCGAAUCUGUGGCUGCGCACUGCAUGGGAUUUGUUGCACUGGCUCCUCUGACCUUUAUCAUGAUGCAAGGUUUCACCGCUCUGCGUGAGGGCUUGACCGCACCGGCUAGGUAG